AUGGAGCGUUAUGUCUUCAAGAGACGCAACGACGAUAUUUACAUCUUUAAUCUUGGCAAAACAUGGGAGAAGCUGAUGAUGGCUGCUAGAGUUAUCGUUGCGAUUGAGAACCCACAAGACAUCAUUGUUCAAUCUUCUAGACCCUAUGGUCGGAGAGCUAUCUUGAAGUUCACUUAG